GAGUUGAGGAAAUCAUGGGUAUUAUCGAUGAACAAGACCAGAAGAAUCCAUUACCCAAGCAACCUGAGAAGGCAGUUCCUCUUAAGAAAGUUUUAAAAACUUUGCACAUAGGAUGGAAACACAAGCAAAGCAAGGAUGAAGUUUACAAACAAAUGCGUGAUCCGAUUGGUGGGAUUAAAAAAUUAGAUUUAGAUCGGAACAUUUCAUAUUCUCUAGAUCAAAUUAAAAUACUGUGUGUGGCAGCGAUGGAAAAUUCUUAUAAUAAAGAGAUAGUAACCGAUUCGGUGAUCCAUUUAGGUAAUUAUCAGGGAGAAAUUUUUUCAAAUUUCACAAAUCCAACUGAGAAAAAAAUUGAUUUUUGGGAAUUCAGUGAUAGAUUGAAAUGUAAAAACUCUCAGUUGCGAUUAUAUUUGCUUACAACACCUUUAAGCGGUAAAGAUAACGUAAAAACUCAUUCUUCAAGUGACACUUUGAGUAAUUCCGGCAAACAAUCGUCAUCAAGUAAUGAUAAUAAUGUAAAAAUAACUCCUUCUUCAAGUGAAACCCCAAAUAAUUCCGGCCAAAAAUCAUCACAAAAAUUGGUAUACUCUGGAUCAAUAAUCUCAUUGUCAAAAAGAAAAAAUAGAGCUUCCAGAAGCAACAAUUCUCUUGCAAAUUCUAAGACAUCGAUGUCAAGUCAUACUGAUGAUAUUGAAAAUCAAUUAAGAUUUUUGAUACCUAUGGUUCAAGAAGAAGACAUUAAGUUCAUUGAUACAGUCUUAGGUCAUGGCGCAUUUGGAGCUGUAAUCUUAGCGACAUGGAAUAAUACCGAAGUCGCAGUGAAGAAGAUCAAGUCUUCGGAACAAUCAAAGUAUGUAUACCGGGAAGUGAAUGUGAUGGAUAAAAUCCGUCAUCCUAAUUUGAUCUCAAUUAUGGGUAUUUGUUGUACUAAUUCAUUUUAUUACAUUAUUAUGGAGGACUUCAAAAGUGUAAACUUGAGCAUUUUCAUAUCAAAACGAAACAAAAGCUUAGAUUAUGAAAUUUAAAAAAAUCAAAACUAUUCUAUUGCAUUGCAAAUAUGUAAGGCAAUAACUUUUCUCCACGAUUUUAUUCCGACUAUCCUUCAUAAGGAUAUAAAGCCUGAAAAUAUUUUAAUUAACAAAAACUUAAUAAUUAAAAUUUGCGAUUUUGGGUUGAGUAAGAUAUGUGACGGAUCAUCAGCUUUGGAUACAACUGUAGGUCAAUAUUUCCACGAUACGCCUUUAUACAUGGCACCUGAAAUUUUAAUUGAUCAUCUGCAAGGCACAUCAUUUUCCGACGUUUGGUCUCUCGCGUGGUGUAUUGUUGAAUUAUUUACAGAAAAAUGUGUUUGGAAUGUACCAAUAUACACUCUACCUAACUUAAGAAGAAUCGUACAAACUAAAAAAAUACCGUGUUUUAAAGAGUUUCCAAUAGCAGUACAGGAUACUUUGAAACGGUGUUUUGAUCAUGAACCAAAAAACAGGCCAAAGGCGGUAAUGUUAGUUCAACUUUUCAAGCGACUUUAUAAAGAAAAAGAAGAAGAAAAAUUAUAAUUUUGAUUUACAUAAUUUAUAAUCGCUAACUAAAAGUAUUAAU